AAACAAAUCCCAUAAAAUUUGCAAUUCAUUUAACAGAUUUGAUGAGUCAUAAUAACAGACACGAUAAGGCUGAGAUCGUCAGCUGAUGUCAAUUUUCACCAAUUACACAUACCCCAACAAAGAAAUCAAGAAAUGGGAACUGCAAGUGUUGAGGAGUCUAAGAAACGCCCUCUUGUAUUUGCUUAUUAUGUAACUGGGCAUGGCUUUGGACAUGCCACUCGAGUUGUUGAGGUCGCUAGAAAUCUCAUCCUAGCUGGGCAUGAUGUUCAUGUCGUCACUGGUGCACCUGCCUUUGUCUUUACAUCCGAGAUACAAUCUCCUCGACUUUUUCUUCGCAAGGUAUUGUUAGAUUGUGGAGCAGUUCAAGCUGAUGCGUUGACAGUGGAUCGUCUUGCCUCACUAGAGAAGUAUUCUGAGACUGCUGUUGUACCACGUGCAUCUAUUUUGGCAACAGAAGUGGAGUGGCUAAAAUCCAUCAAGGCAGAUUUUGUGGUAUCAGAUGUUGUUCCAGUUGCUUGCAGGGCGGCAGCUGAUGCUGGAAUUCCAUCUGUUUGUAUCACCAACUUCAGCUGGGACUUCAUCUAUGCAGAGUAUGUAAUGGCAGCUGGAAAUCAUCAUAGAUCAAUAGUGUGGCAGAUUGCAGAGGACUAUUCUCAUUGUGAAUUUCUUAUUCGACUGCCAGGAUACUGUCCAAUGCCUGCUUUUCGUGAUAUAAUUGAUGUGCCAUUGGUUGUAAGGAGAUUGCACAAGUCUCGUAAAGAGGUGCGGAAAGAACUUGGAAUUGGGGAGGAUGUGAAGGUUGUUAUCCUGAAUUUUGGUGGACAGCCUGCAGGUUGGAAGUUGAAGGAGGAAUACUUGCCAACUGGUUGGUUGUGUCUGGUUUGUGGUGCCUCUGAGAGCGAGAAGCUACCUCCAAAUUUUUUAAAGCUUGCAAAAGAUGCAUAUACCCCGGAUCUAAUGGCAGCAUCAGACUGCAUGCUAGGAAAAAUUGGAUAUGGUACCGUCAGUGAGGCCCUGGCGUACAAGUUACCAUUUGUAUUUGUCCGUAGAGACUAUUUUAAUGAAGAACCGUUUCUCAGAAAUAUGCUUGAGUACUAUCAAGGUGGUGUUGAGAUGAUCAGAAGGGAUUUGCUUACUGGACAUUGGAGACCUUACCUGGAACGUGCAAUGACUCUGAAUCCAUGCUAUGAAGGAGGAAUUAAUGGUGGUGAAGUUGCAGCUCGCAUUUUACAGGAUACAGCUUAUGGUAAAAAUUACACGCUAGACAAGCUGAGUGGGCCAAGGAGACUGCGUGAUGCCAUAGUUCUUGGAUAUCAGUUGCAAAGAGUUCCCGGAAGAGAUCUCUGUAUUCCAGAUUGGUAUGCAAAUGCAGAAAGUGAACUUGGUCUUCGUACAGGAUCACCUACUGCUGUAACAGCUGAAAACAACUCUCUAGCAGACUCAUUUUCUCAAGACUUUGAGAUUCUCCAUGGAGACUUUCUUGGUCUGUCAGAUACCUUUAGUUUCUUGAAGAGCUUGGCAGGAUUGGAUGCAUUGGUUGAUUCCCCAACAAAAACAGGAAAGCACACCAUUAGGGAGCAGAAAGCUGCCGCUGGUCUCUUCAAUUGGGAGGAAGACAUUUUUGUUGCAAGAGCACCUGGAAGGCUAGAUGUCAUGGGUGGAAUUGCUGACUAUUCUGGAAGUCUUGUUUUACAGAUGCCAAUUAGAGAAGCCUGUCAUGUUGCUGUUCAAAAGAUUCACCCCAGCAAACAGAGGCUUUGGAAGCAUGCUCUGGCUCGGCAGCAGGACAAAGGACAAGGACCCACCCCUGUGCUUCAAAUUGUGUCAUAUGGUUCAGAACUGAGCAACCGUGGUCCAACAUUUGACAUGGACUUAUCCGACUUCCUGGAAGGGGAUGAACCCAUAACUUAUGAGAAAGCAAGGCAGUAUUUUGCCCGAGAUCCUUCCCAAAGAUGGGCUGCAUAUGUUGCUGGCACAGUUCUAGUUUUGAUGAAGGAGCUUGGCAUACGCUUUGAGAAUAGUAUCAGUUUGCUGGUCUCUUCUGCUGUCCCAGAAGGAAAGGGUGUGUCAUCCUCUGCAUCUGUGGAGGUUGCUAGCAUGUCUGCCAUUGCUGCUUCUCAUGGGUUGAAUAUUAUCCCAAGGGAGCUUGCAUUAUUGUGCCAAAAGGUAGAAAAUCAUGUAGUUGGAGCGCCAUGUGGUGUAAUGGAUCAGAUGACUUCUGCAUGUGGUGAAGCCAACAAACUUCUAGCAAUGAUUUGUCAGCCUGCAGAGGUGUUAGGUCUAGUGGAUAUCCCUGGUCAUAUAAGAGUAUGGGGGAUUGAUUCAGGAAUAAGGCACAGUGUUGGAGGUGCAGAUUAUGGAUCUGUGAGGAUUGGUGCCUUUAUGGGCCGAGAGAUUGUCAAGUCUAUUGCGUCAACACUAUUGUCACAGUCCUUGUCAACCAAUGGCAGAUACCCUGAUGAUUCAGAGGAAGGUGGUGUCGAAUUACUAGAAGCUGAAGCUUCAUUAGAUUACUUAUGCAACCUUUCACCGCACAGAUACGAGGCUAUGUAUGCCAAGAUGCUUCCUGAUUCUUUAAUUGGUGAGUCAUUUGUUGGAAAGUACUCUGACCACUGUGAUCCGGUAACGACAAUUGACAAAACACGUAAUUAUGGGGUCAGAGCAGCUGCCAGACACCCUAUUUACGAGAACUUCCGUGUGAAGGCCUUUAAAGCGCUGCUAACAUCUGCGACUUCAGAUGAUCAACUGACUGCUCUUGGAGAACUAUUGUAUCAGUGCCACUACAGUUACAGUGAUUGUGGACUAGGUUCGGAUGGAACAAAUAGGCUCGUCCAACUAGUUCAAGAAAUGCAGCACAGUAAAGCAUCAAAAUCUGGAGAAGGGACAUUGUAUGGUGCAAAAAUUACAGGCGGAGGAUCUGGUGGAACUGUGUGUGUAAUUGGCAGGAAUUCGCUUAAGAGCAGUGAACAAAUUCUCGAGAUACAACGCAGAUAUAAAGCUGCAACAGGAUAUUUGCCUAUUCUUUUUGAAGGCUCAUCUCCUGGCGCUGGAAGGUUCGGCUAUCUAAAAAUUCGUCGUCGCAACCCUCCCAAGCAGAAUUAAAUUCUGCAAAUUAG